CUCCGAUGACGUCAUCUCCGGUCAGGCGAGUGAGGAUUCGGAAUGUAAACUUCCUGUUUGGCGACAGAAACCCGGAAGACGGAGAAGUAAAACACCGAGAGCGGGGAGGACGGACCCGGGGAAGAUGAGUUGGAAUCCGUUUAAAGCCGGUCCAAAAAAGCAGAUUGUCCCGAAAACAGUAGAAAGGGACUUUGAACGGGAAUAUGGCAAGCUCCAACAGCUAGAAGACCAGACCAAAAAGCUGCAAAAAGACAUGAAGAAAAGCAUAGAGGCUGAUUUAGCCAUGUCCAAGUCGGCUGUCAGGAUCUCCUCCGACCUAUUAGGGAACCCCUUGUGUGAACCAGAUGCAGAUUUUCUAGGAAUGGUGACCGCACUGGACACAGCAAUGAAACGUAUGGAUGCAUUUAAUCAGGAAAAGGUUAACCAAAUUCAGAAGACUGUGAUGGAUCCUUUGAAGAGGUAUAGCAGCGUCUUCCCCUCGCUGAACAUGGCUGUGAAACGUAGGGAGCAGGCUCUGCAGGAAUACAAGAGACUCCAGACCAAGGUGGAGAAAUAUGAGGAGAAGGAGAGGACCGGGGCUGUGAUUGCGAAGUUACACCAGGCCAGAGAUGAAUUGCGUCCAAUUCGGGAGGACUUUGAUAUAAAGAACCGCCAGCUAUUGGAUGAAAUGCCAAAGUUUUACAAUAGUCGCAUAGAUUUCUUCAAACCCAGCUUUCAAUCGCUGAUCCGAGCCCAGGUGGUGUAUUACACGGAGAUGUCCCGGGUGUUCGGAGAGUUGGCCCAGCAGGUGGAUGAGAUCCAGCUCACAGAUGCUGAAAGAGAGCGGGAGAAUGAAGCCAAGCUAGCUGAGCUCCGCGCUCUCUCCAUUGUAGCGGAUGAUUGAUACUGGACAGUAAUGAAGAGAUUGGGAAAUUGUUAUAUGGAGAUGUUACCCAAGGUGACCUCCACAGAAGCACUAACUGGAUCCAUGUUAAGUAAAUAAGGUACUCACAAUCUGAAUCCUGCUGGGCCUGUGCUGACACUGAAGUAUUCACCAUUGAUAUUCCAUGAUGCCUGACAAUAGCUGCUAAUACACUCCUUGUACAGCACAAUAACCCAUAUCGGAUAUCCCACAUAGUCCUUUUCUGAAUGUAUGACUCCGUAUUUUCCUGUUACAUUGGAAACUGCAAGUAUGUGAAGUAUGGGAGAUGGAAUGAACUCCUAAAGUGCCUUUGUAAUCAUUUUUACUAAAAGUUGACUGUUAUGGAUAAAAGCCUCUAUAUGUGGAGCUCUUCAUUUUGUCAAAUGAUCUCAAAUGAGAAUGUGUUUUUUGUUUUUUUUUUGCCAGUGCAGCAUAAAAACAUGACGGCUUCAAGUUGAUUUGUUGCUAUGGGCUACAAAAAAA